AUGUGGGUGUUUGAGAAGAUCAGGGAGAGCAUGGAGAGCAUUCCUCUAGAGCUGAGUCAAUACAUGGGGAAGAGUGAGGAGGACAUCCUUCUGUCUUCUAAGACCAGUCUCUCUAACAAGCUGCACAACAAUAUCCUCACCCCAGAUAGGAUCCCCGAGUUCUGCCUGCCACCCAGGCUCUGCAAGAGAAGCCCGCUGCUGGAAGCUGAGACAACAAUACCUUACCUGCACUGUCAGAUAACCAAGAGCAACAUUUCUCCAAACACUACACAUGUAAAAACAAAGAAUGGAAAAGUGUCAUUGGCUGCAAGGAAACCUUUGCCAUUCUCUGCAGAGGGGUACGGCCUGGCUGGGAUAUAUGAGAGCCCUAACACUCGAAGGAAGGAGUCUUUGUUCCACUCAAAGUGCCCUGUUUACACGUUCGAUCGAAGCCUUCCCACUGCAGCACCGAGGCUUGCGAAGGCAACAAAACUGCCCAAGAAAACUUCAAGGUUUCUCCCUCUGUUGUCAUCCAAGAGCCUUUCAGAGACAGGAAGCACUGGAAGUGAAACACCCUCCUCCAGUGACUCCUCUCCCCUCACUUCGCCGUUUAAUGCUAAAUCCUCCCUGUACUUUCCACCACGCAAUGGCUGUCUUAAAGGAGCAACAUCGUGUCCUUCAUUAAGUGACAGGAGGGUGGACAAAGGCAGGUGGAAGAGGGUGAUUUUAAAUUUAACAACCUCGCCCAGUAGCCCUCCAAGCUUAGAAGGAAGCUCACUGGCCUUGGCCCCAUCUGCCCUCCUCCCCCUGGAUGAUCUACAGUGCCGGGAGAAACUCCAGCAUGAAUACGUUCUCCCUCUGCAGGGCCGUGGUAAAGUGCGCCUCUACCUUGAGCACAACACAUUCACAACCAACACGUUCUCAUCCCUUUCAACCGUCAGAGUCCGCGUGGUGUCUGUGGAGGGCCUAUGGGAUGAAACUGACAGACGAACCCUAAACUGUGCAGUAAAUCUGUGUCUGACCCCGGGAAAGCUGCAGCAACAGGAGAGUGCCACCAUCAGGAACUGCCGCAGCCCUGUGUUUAAUGAAGAUUUUUUCUUUACAGAGCUCAGUAGCGAGGAACUACAGGAACUGCAGCUCAGGUUAAAAGUGGUGGAUAAACCUGCAGCUGGAGCACUGAAGAGAGAGACAGUGAUUGGAACGAUCACCAAACCACUGUGUCAGUUACUCCCUCUUAAAAAACAAGUAGAAGAAUAG